UGUCCGGUGAGAGAGGUCCCGAGCAGCUCGACCUGUAGACACUCGCGGACAGUGUUCGGUCAGUAACACGUUGCCGACAAUGAUUGGGAAAUACUUGAAUUCACCCUGGAAGUUCUGAUGCCUUAACGGACCGGAAUAAAGUCUUCAUAAAGUAUUUUGUGGGAGAGAGACUGCAUGCUGAUAUGGAUGCGGAGGAGGGUAAGAUUUCGGUGUGGGUUUGCCGGGAUGAGAAGCUCAUCUCAGGCUUGUCGAAGCGGACCACCUGCGCGGAUGUGGUUCGGGUUCUGCUAGAGGACCAGGACUUUCAGCCGUGUUCGGCCGCGUUUCAGCCGUGUUCGGCCAUGCUGGCGGGAUCGCCAGAGUCGUACUGCGUGGUGGAGAAGUGGCGAGGCUUCGAGCGCAUCCUACCGAACAAGACCAAGGUCCUGAGACUCUGGAGCGCGUGGGGCGACGAACAGGAGAACGUGAGAUUCGUACUCGUGAAGCAGGACGCGUCUCUACCCAACAGCGGCCCGCGCAGCGCGGAGGCGCGUGUGGUGCCCAGUAAGGAAAGCCCGUGCAUAUACCGGGGAACCGCGCGGGUCCCCAUGGCUCACUCCCAGGAAAGGCAGCGGAGGAUCGUGCGCAAAGCCUUCCGCAAGCUGGAGAAGAUCAACAAGAAGCGGGUGCAGGCUUUAAGCAGAGACAAGCCCGCCGUGGAGAAGAUGGAGACGCUCGUGCACCUGAUCGUCUCGCAGGACCACACCAUCCGCCAGCAGGUCCAGCGCAUUCACGAGCUGGACAGGGAUAUCGAUCGCUGCGAGGCCAAAGUCCACUUCGACCGAGUCAAAACGCUCGGGACCAACUACGUGCAGGACACCUAUCUGUUCGAGAAGAGUCUGGAUGAGCACGCGAGCGUCGAGGAGGAAGAGCAGCGUUCCCCGAAGGUGCGUGCGCAGUUUGAGGAGUACGCGCGGAGGUGCCAGGAGGUGCUGAAACUGCAAGAGGAGCUGUCCCAGCACGAGGCGCUCCUGGACAGCAUCACGGCAGAGAUCACAGGGGAGCUGAACCAGCGCUGGAUGGAACGCAGGAAGGAGGAACUCUCGUGUACCGACCUGGAGACAGGGAAAGAGGACUCACCUGGAGAGUCUGAGCUCGCGCUGGUGACGGAGGUCCCGACAGAGAGCGAGCUGCUUUUGGAGGAGGAGAGGAUCAUAACGCAACUGGACACGAGUUUAUACAUCGGCCUCCGUCUGAAUACGGAUUUACAGGCGAUUAGCGGUGAUUUGGACUUGAGCGGGGAGCUGUGGACAGCGAAAGAGAGAGAGCUAAAGGAUUUAGUGGAGAGGGUCAGCGAGCUGGACUUCUGCGGCGAGGAUAAAUUAUCCGUGGAGGUUAAAGGGCGCCCGCCCUCGGUAACUGAGCCCGACACUGUGUGCUCCGUGAAGACACAGAGCGCGUGGGUGGAACAGGCACGGGGACUUUCAAAGACUUGCAACGUCAAUAACGACGAUUCGGACACGGGCUUGAGCUCGUUACACAGCCAGGAUUCGGACAAUCCGCCCGUAUGCGAGUCGUCGCUCGUGUGAUAUGGACAUUGACCCCGUGUCCCUUUACCGAUAUGUUACUGUCAUCAGCGCAAGCAUGCGGGCGUUUCCACAAACGCUAAAAUUCACAAGUGCGUGCGCUAUUUAACGACACAGUGUAAGGCACUGGAGACAAUGGCUCUUAAAAUGCACUUAUGCGAGAGGCAGAGAGAGCAGAGACUGAACUAUCUGUCUGCAGGACGCUCGGUGAAGCGGCGGCAGCAGCACGUGUCUGUUACUCUGUAAGGUUUAAUAAA